AAGCCGCGGGUUUAUAUCCAGGUCGUGCAGCUCUUUCCUUCACAUCUUUCGCCAAAUAGUUCAUUUUUCUGUGUUCGUUUGGAACAAAACUACGAAAACCGACCAUGUCUGGAAGAGGCAAAAGCGGAGGAAAGGUCCGUGCCAAGGCCAAGACCCGCAGCUCCCGUGCCGGACUCCAGUUCCCCGUUGGCCGUGUCCACCGUCUCCUCCGCAAGGGUAACUACGCUGAGAGAGUCGGCGCCGGAGCCCCGGUGUACCUGGCCGCCGUGCUGGAGUACCUCACCGCUGAGAUCCUGGAGUUGGCCGGAAACGCCGCCAGAGACAACAAGAAGACCCGCAUCAUCCCGCGUCACCUGCAGCUGGCUGUCCGCAACGACGAGGAGCUGAACAAACUGCUCGGCGGCGUCACCAUCGCCCAGGGCGGCGUGCUCCCCAACAUCCAGGCCGUCCUGCUGCCCAAGAAGACCGGCCAGUCUGCACCGAGCUCCGGCAAGGCGGGAAAGAAGGCCUCCUCUCAGUCUCAAGAGUACUAGCUCUGCUGGCUGAUAACUUUCUCCCCAACGGCCCUUUUAAGGGCCACCCAAUCCUCCUUGAAAGAGCGACAUUCCCUGUCCGUUUUCGCAUUGUUUUUAUUUAAUAAAACGCUUGUUUUGUACAA